ACGGACUUGGUCGAGAAAAGAGGUGAAACAAAAAUUACAGUUAUUCAGUAUGAAUUUCAAAACAAGUUACGAUAGUGAAAACCGUAUAUGGAAGAGUGAAAGUGUGGAGCAGCUUUUUAACCCAAACAAAUCCAUUGGCGCCAUUGCCUUGUAUAUGCUUCGCAGCAAGCCACGGAAUGCCGUUUGCCAGAUCUCCGAUUCGGAGGGAACCGAGCUCACCUACGGCACAGCUUGUUCCUAUGCCAUAAGUGUGGCGUCAUAUCUGAAGGAACUUGGACUAGGCUGUGACGAUGUUGUGGGUAUUGUUGGUCAGAAUACGACGUUGCUAAUGCCAGUACUUGUCGGUUGUUGGAUAAAUGGUACACCUUAUAAUACCUUGCAUCCGAUACAUGAAGAAGAUGAUAUUAGACUGUUAUUUGCUCUGACGAAACCAAAGAUCAUUUUCUGCGACGGUGAGGCGUUCCAUAAGGUACAAAAUGCUACCAACAUGCUGAAUGCGCCCAUUUACACUUUGUGUAAUCAUUUGGAAGGAGUGCCACGGAUUCAAGAUAUAUUACAACCAGUGCCAAUGGCAGAGUUAUAUCAAGCUGCCCCUUUAAAACACGGACCCAAUCAAACCAUGGUUAUCAUACCAUCAUCGGGUACUACUGGGAAACCGAAGGCGGUGUGCAGGUCAAAUUGUAAAUUAUUGUCUGAAAUUGGUCAUACCGAUGGUUCAUCAGUUCUAUUUUCGUUUUCAUCACCGGACUGGGGAACCGGCAUUUUGUUGAUAGUCGCCAAUGUGCUGUGUGGCGGCACACGUAUCAUCACUACAAAACCAUACACGCCCGACUAUCUUCUGGAAAUUAUCACGAAGUACAAAGUAACGAAUUUAACCGGCUCGGCCAAUCAAUUCGGAGAUCUUGCACAGUUGCCGGGUUACACUGCGGAGGCAAUAUCCAGCGUGCGUGUCAUUGUCAUGGGAGGUUGUCAUGCUCUACCUUCUGCUCAGACUAAUAUAAGAGCCAAAUUGACACGCGGAGUGUUGGUGAACUCAUACGGAACUUCAGAGAUUGGUGGCAUUUCAUUGAAUUAUAGCGAUUAUAAAGUCGACACUGUUGGCCGUUUAUGGGGUGGUGCGCAGCUGAAGAUAAAAGAACGAGUGCCUGAUGAUGUUCCGAAAUUAAUGGGUCCCAAUGAAAAGGGCGAAAUUUGGGUGUACACCCCUACAAGUUGGUUGGGUUAUUAUAAUAAUCCAGAAGCAACCGCUGAUAUCAUGGAUGCUGAUGGUUGGAUCAACACCGGUGAUGUCGGGUACAUGGACGAUGAGGGGUUUCUACAUUUAGUGGAUCGCAGCAAGGAUAUUUUAAAAUAUAUGGGUUUUCACUACUCUCCACAUGAGAUAGAAGAGACAAUAGUUGUCUUGCCAGACGUUAUCGACGCUUGUGUGUUUGGAGUCUACGACGACAAAGAGGGGGACUUAGCUGGCGCUGCUGUAGUGCUAAAGCCUGGUAGUACACUUACCGAGUCGGAUAUUAAGAGUUUUUUGGCAGAGAAACUGGUGGUGAAGUACAAACAGCUCAAUUACGGAGUCUUUUUCGUGGACACGAUUGCACGAAAUUCCAACGGUAAACUGCUGCGAGCAAAGAUGAAAGAAAUUUGCUUGGAAAUUAACAAAGAAACAGGAUCAAAGGUUCUGCAACGUUGAUAUAAAAAUAAUGUAUUUCUAAAAAAAAUAAGU